CAGCUCCGGGCUCAGAUGAGUGAUCUCCUGGUUCCUCCUCUGUUCGAUCUGUACUUCUCGGUGUGAGGAUCCAGAACCCUGGUGGUCUGUGGCUCGAGGUGUGAGGAUCCAGAACCCUGGUGGUCUGUGGCUCGAGGUGUGAGGAUCCAGAACCCUGGUGGUCUGUGGCUCGAGGUGUGAGGAUCCAGAACCCUGGUGGUCUGUGGUGGUCUGCAGAGGAACCCGAGUGGGAACCAGUCCAGCAGCACCGCAGCAGCUUCCCACGGACUGAUCUCCCAGCAGGGGGCGUGGGUUGGGUCGUUCGUCCAAGGGGUACCACUCAUUCCCACACUCCCCCCUCUCCUCCUCCUCCUCCUUCUCCUCCUCAGUGAGCAGCAUCCUGGGCAGGUCCUCUGCUCCUCUCGCUCCUGCAGCACCAGGGCUCAGUCAGAAUCCGACCAUGCGCCAGAGCAGGAGCCAGGCUCUGCGCCCCCGGCUGUGCGCCCUGGAGAAGGGGGACAACGGGUACGGGUUCCACCUCCACGGGGAGAAGGGUAAGACCGGCCAGUUCAUCCGCCUGGUGGAGACCGACAGCCCGGCGGAGACCUCCGGGCUGCGCGCCGGGGACCGCCUGGUGUUCGUCAACGGAGAGGACGUGGAGACCGAGUCCCACCAGCAGGUCGUGUCCCGGAUCCGAGCCACCCCGGGCCGCCUGGAGCUGGUGGUGGUGGACCCGGACACGGAGCAGCUGCUGAAGAGGCACAGCAUGAAGUGUCUGAAGGAGUAUGUGACCGAGGGGGUCCCGGUGCAGCUGGAUGAAGAGGAGGAGGAGGAGGAGGUGGAGGAGGAGGUGGUGGAGGAGGUGAGGGAAGAGGUGGACGGGAUGGUUGGUGAGGAGAAGCGGGAGCAGGCGGAGGAAGAAGAGGAGGAAGAGGAGGUGGUUGUGAGGGUGGAGGAGCAGCAGCAGCAGCAGGAGGAAGAGGAGGAAGAGGAGGUGACACCCAGGGAAUCCACGAAGACUAACGGGGAAAUCCACGAGCACGUCGAGAAGAAGCUGAGCAUCAGCUCUGAGAAGGAGGUGUGCACCGACCUGCGGCCGCGGCUGUGUGUGAUCCAGCGAGCGUCUAACGGAUAUGGCUUCAACCUGCACAGCGAGCGGGCGCGGCCGGGCCAGUACAUCCGAGCCGUGGAUGAGGACUCUCCAGCAGAGAGGGCAGGCGUGCUGGCAAAGGACAGAAUAGUACAGGUGAACGGCAUGUUGGUGGAGGGGAAGACGCACUCACAAGUGGUGGCCGCCAUUAAAGCCGGCGGGAAUGAGACCCGGCUGCUGCUGGUGGACGCCGACACAGACGCCUUUUUCAAGAGGUGCAGAGUAUCCCCCACCGUGGACCACCUGACCGGUCCGCUGCCAGAGCCUGUCACUAAUGGAGGAAUGGAGGAGAAGGUGAACGGCAGCCGGUCCAACGGGGCAGAGAGGGACUCCAAGGUGUCCAUCAGUCCUUCUCCGUCCAGCGCCUCCUCCAACACCUCCCUCACAACCCUGCCCGCAAACACCCCACCUGAGGGUUUGAUGCCCGGUGCCAUCCCUGCUCUCAACCUGAGUCUGCAGCAGGUCAAAGAACUCGCCCACCAGAAACGAGCCAACAAGAAAGCGCCCCCUAUGGACUGGACCAAGAAAAAUGAACUCUUCAGCAACCUAUAGGGCACCUGACGCCACCUGACACACACACAAACACACACACACACACACACACUGACAUUUUUUAUCAUAGCGAUUCUUACAUUUUUAUUUUUAUUUUAAAGAAAUUAAAGGAGCAGUUUAACUAUUGGCAGCAGAUACAAUUCAAAGCCAUUUUGUAAAAUAUAGUAUUCUUCUUAUUACUCUCCAUGUUAUUAUAACCCAGAUAUUAUCGUUUGCUACUAACAAUGAAAGAUGCAUAUGCCAAUGAAAGAGAACUGGACCACGGUGAGAGUGUGUAUGUGUGGGUGCAUGUCGCUAUUUAUGCCCUGUGAAUAUGUUUCCUCUAUCUCUAUCUCUUUCUGUGUGUGUGUGUGUGUGUGUGUGUGUGUGUGUGUGUGUGUGUGUGUGUGUGUGUGUGUGUGUGUGUGGACCCUGACCUCUGACCUCUGACCCCUGAUCUGAUGCCUGUGGAAACAAUCGUCGUGCUACGUUUAAUGACUGGCUCCUCUGACAUUAACAUUUGAAAACAUUGAAGGAUCAGACACAUUCGAUAAAACCAGACAAUCAUACAUCUCUUAUUCUCCCAACUGUUGGUUUAGGGAUCAAACAUGUGAUGUGAAAACUGAGAUUUGACUUUUUGAGUCCUUUUUUUAUUUACGCUAAUUACCUUUUCUUUUUUUUUAAAUCUCUAACAUGACAGGUAUUUUCAGAAUCAUUUUAAAUUUUUUACCGAUGGCUUUAAACUGGAAAGAACUACAUUUUAAAGUAGGUUAUUCUAUUGUGUAUAUAUCAUAUAUCAUGUAUAUUUUUCACUCUAUGAAAUGAAAGUGGUUUCAGUUGAAUCCUGUGUUGCUCCAAUGCCAUUAAAUCCACCUCUCAUCCCCACAUUGUCUGAAUUCCUGAUAUUUCAUCUUCUGAUUAAAUGUGAACUACCGUCUAUAAUGAGUAACUUAUACCGUCCUCACUUUGUCGUCACUGUGACACACACAUUUUUAGCGCAUGGAAGAUUUUUAUUGCUCUCUGAGAGAUUUUUUCCUAUCAAUGUCUUAAAAAGAAGAAUUGUGUAACUUUUCCAUUACAGAUUUCUACGUCUGCGCCUCACUAGAUUUUGUGCAUUGGACCAAUUUUGAGAAAAUGUAUAAUUUGGAAAUUGGAAUGAUUGAAUUAUAUGAAGAGUUAUUUUGCAGCUUGUGUGAGCGAUUUGUAUUCUGUAAUAAAUCAGUCAUCACAACAA